AUGGAUCCAAGCAAGCCUCAACAUGGACCGCUCCCCCACUCUGCCGAUAUCAUUACGUAUCGGAUGGGCGAUAAGUUGGUCUACGUAACACCAACCUCUGAGUACGAGCGAGCUAUUGGUGAUGCAUACGCGGCGUUUCCUGAAGAGCUCAGCAACGUGAUAAGACAGAAAGUGGCACUUUUUAUCACAAGCUUCGUGGAAGGCAAGCGAAAGACGGUCGAGAUUGCACCUACUGCAUGGACAUCUAUCUUAUCGACGCUUGCCCGAUUCGAAAUUGUCGAUAUCGUGGUGAAAGAAGACAAGCCUCCAGUGUACAACGAGUCAUAUAAACCGGAAGUUAAACGCGAGAUGAACUCCGUUCGUUCCCCGCCGUCUUCGCGAUGCACGAGAUUCGCUAAAUGGUGCCAGCAACUCUUUUGA